AUGAAGGCAAGUCCCCCUCUCUCCCCUUCAACAGCCGAAGACAUUCGAGCAUAUAACGAUGCGACCAUCAACGGUGGUGUCCGAGGUCUAUUCUACGGUAUAGGUCUAUCCUUACCUACAUACUAUAUACUCAACUCUCGAGUAACAGCCUACCGAAACUUACCUUCACCAGCCAAAGCCUUUGGCUUUGUCAUGCUCAUCGUACCAUGCAUAUCAAUCACGGCUGAGAAGUCGGGAGAGGCAUUCACUCGAUCUCAAUAUGAGGGAGUUGCCAAGAGGGAACUGGACAGGGAAGCUCAGAUCGAACAUGAGCGAUGGCAGAGUUUGAGUUCAGUGCAGAAAUUGGCGGAUUGGGCGGGCAGACAUAAAUAUGGGUUGGUAGGGGCGAGUUGGGUCGGUUCUUUAGGUGUAGCAUGGGCAUUGGUCAACAGAAAUAAACAUCAAACAACUUCUCAGAAAGUAGUCCAAGCUCGUAUGUGGGCUCAAGGUCUUACCGUCGGUUUGUUGAUGGCUUCAGCACUAUUGACGGGCUUCGAUUCAUCCAAGACUGAAGAUCCCAGAACUCCACAUGAAGAUCAUACAUGGAGAGCUAUCUUGGAAUCCGAUCCACACUUGAACGAAGAGGAGAGACAGAGAUUACACGAGAUUAAAAAAGCCGUUGUAGAUAGGAAAGAACAGUUGGUCAAGGAGGCUUCGACUUCAGUCUCCAAAUAG